AUGCCUUUUUUCAGGCUAGGAUGAACCGAUUUCAAUUUUUUUUUCACAUUUAUAAUACAUUGAAUUAUUUAAUUCAUAAAACCUUCAUAUUCCCACCGGUGAAGUAUCUCUCUAACAAUUAACAACGUUUUUGAAACAAAAACGUUUACCGUGAUAUUUGAAAUAUUACCAUGUGUAUGUACUUAUGCACAUAUUUUAUGUAUACAUAGUCAAAGGAGAAAAAAACUUGUGUUACUUACCACUGACUGAUAUAAUCCGUCCUGGACAUGACACAAUCCUUCCCUUGUUUGGCCAAUUAACUUUAUACGUUACAAAAGGAUCUUUUAAAUUUACUUCGCCUACCACCCAUGAUAUUUCGCCUAUGUCCACAGCCCCUUCAUCCGGAACGUCAAAUAGUGCAUAUUUUGCCAUUUUCUUUAUUGUUCCGUAGCAAACUCACGACUAAAACUCACGACUCGACUGUCAAAUAUUCAACGGACGUCUCACGCGCUGCGAAUGCGUAGCAUGUUUACAACCGCAUUCGCAGCGCGUGAGACGCUCGUGGGUUUACAGUUGUCUUUUUCAGUUGUUCAGUUGUUGUUUUCAGUUUAAAUUUGUCUGCAUUGACAGUCAUCUAACUGCAAAAUGUCACGAAAUGAUAAACGAUAUUUGUCAGAUUUUUCUAUACCUGUGCCAAAAACUACAAGAUGGUACAGAAGUCAAUUGAGAACAGAGGAACGGCCAGCAAGUUCGACCGAGGAGGUAAGAAAAACUGGAAUAAGAGCGCCUCCUUGCAACACUUUGUCGAAGUAAUUCCCUACAGCUAAUAACCUCUUAUUUGUCCACUGGCUUCCAGAUUGAUUCAAGGCCUUAAUUUGAAGCUGAAUUCUCUGAGGACGGAGACCUUGAUGAACAAAUGAAUACACAGUCUAUGAUUGACUCUUCAGAUGAAGCUGAAUUCCAUGAUGAUCUACCAGACCACGUUGAGCAACCCGACUUGACACCAGAGGAUCGAACAAAUGAAACAGAAUCCACUGAAAUGGAUGACGAUGAGCAGUGUUUCACAAACAUCUUCAACGAUCCUGAAAUCCAAGAGCAUGCCAUCUACUCUGGUGCAUCAAUUAACCGUGGACAGCUACUGUGCCUUAUUCUGGCCUUCAUCUUGAAGCACAGCAUUAGUUGCAGUGGAUUAAAAGAUUUGUUGGAUCUUUUAAAUAUUGUAGCACCUGGAUGUGCCCCCACAAGUAAAUUUGACAAAUCUUUCUUUAAUUUGGCAAAACAAUUCGAAAUUCACCAUUACUGUAAAAUUUGCUCGCAAUAUAUAGGUAAGAUGUUUACCCCUGAAGGGUAUUAUUUUCUCGUAAUGCCCUUACGGCAACAACUGAAGGAGCUCUUCCAAAACACUACUUUCUACAAGUUCUUAAACGACAACCAAACAAAUAUGGGCAUGGGGGACAUUUACAGUGGAAAUAUGUACACCUCAAAACUUAAAACCUUUGUUGAUACCCUUGACAACAUUUCAGUUUCAUUUAAUAUUGAUGGGGCUUCAGUUUUUAAAUCAUCCAAUUACUCAGUUUGGCCAAUUAUCUGCACAGUCAAUGAACUUCCAUCUACUAUCCGUGGAAGGUAUGCUCUUCUACAUUCCCUUUGGUUUAGUUCUAAACCCGAAAUGCCAACACUGUUAAGGCCAUUUGUCGAGGAAUUACAAGAGCUACUCACAGAAGGGUUUUCUUGGCAUGACAACACUGGUCAUAAACACACCACAAAAGUUGCCCCAGGUGUCUGCAUAUGUGAUGCGCCAGCCCGUGCCAUGGUACAGGACAUGAAACAAUUUAACGGCAGAUAUGGGUGUGGGUUUUGUCUGCAUAUGGGAGAAAUAGAACCAAAGGGAAAAGGGUUUACACGUGUAUAUCCUCACUCUACUGAGUAUCCUCAACUAAGAACACAUGAUCAGACUACCCAUCAGGCAUCUGCUGCAAUACAAUCAGACACAGAUGUUAAUGGGGUUAAGGGACCUAGUCAACUGCUGCUACUUCCUAAUUUCGACAUUAUCAAACAUUUUGUCCCAGAAUAUAUGCAUAGUGUUUGCCUUGGUGUAACAAAACAAUUUGUCAGUAUUUGGUGUGAUUCAAAAAACUCUGCUUUGCCAUUCUAUUUACAACCGAAAAUAAUCCAACAGAUUUACAGUUCUCUCCUCACCAUACACCCACCACAUGAAGUCAAAAGAUGUCCAAGGUCAUUGUCCGAGAGACACUAUUGGAAGGCAUCUGAAUGGAGGGCAUUUCUUUUCUUUUAUUCCCCCAUUCUUUUAAAAACAGUUUUACCCCCGGUUUAUUAUAAUCACUGGCUAUUACUUGUCUUCUCCAUCUACACACUCCUCCAGGAUCAUAUCCAAAAAGCUGAUCUUUUGCAUGCUUCCUCUUGUCUUACGCGUUUUGUUGUCGAGGUACAAGAGCUUUAUGGAAAAUGUUAUGUAGCUUAUAAUGUUCACUUCUUAACCCAUCUUAGCAACGCAGUUGACAUGUGGGGUCCGCUGUGGGCCAACUCUUGAUCUGUUUAUGAAGACACAAUUGGCACUCUUCUUGAAAUGUUCAAUGGUACACAGGCAGUCCCUGAACACAUUUUUAAGAGAUUUUUUAACACAAAAACACUAAUGCACCACACUGAAUUAUUCAACAAUGCCAGUGAUGAUGUCUGUGAUAUUUUCAACAAACUUGUUAAAAAAGACAAUACAGUGUUAAAAUCAUACAAAGUAGGUAGUGGUGCUCGGGUUGUCGGGAAUUACACAACAAGAGUAAUUACAGUGGGGGAGUCCAUUCUGUUUGGAAAUUAUAUAGCGGCCAAUGUCAAAGAAUUCAAGAGAUGUUUCAUCAACCACACUUUAUACACCACUGAAAUGUAUGCAGCAAAUUUUAAACGCAAAAUAAACUUGUGUGGCUCUAAAAAACGGAGAGCAUGGUAGCAUUAAAUCCAUACUACUUUGUAAUCUCAAUUGUGGUGGCUUAUCAGCAUGCAAGUGUGAAGAGGUGUACCUACACAUUUUUAGAUAAAAAAAGGAUUCCAGACAAUUAAGAAUUUAUGAUGAUUUCGCUAAGGUGAAUACUGCUAAGCAAAUUGUGAUGUUCAGAAAGACCCAUGAAAUACUUCUUUGCAAACCUAAUGAUAUUUUGUGCAAAUGCUUUUGCUACGUACAUGAUGAGUCAAUUAUUCUUAUCAAGAUGCCUGUAUUAGAAAAUGUUUAAAGUUAGUAAGGCUUCAAUUGUACUCUCUUUCAUUGUUAUUAUAUUCUGGCUGUUGUAGCCUAUGCAUGUUGUGCAUUAUGUUUUAUAUUUAUGUGUGAUUUAUGUUUCUACAAU